GAGGAGCCGCGAGGGCGGUUAAAGCGGCCGCUCGCCCGCAGCCGCCCGCUCGGCUCCCGCGCGUCGCCCAUCGCGGCGGCUCGCACGCCAAUGAGGGCCCGGACUCCGGCCCUCGCCGCCUCAGGAGCCGCCCGCAGCCUCCCGUCCCGACCCCCCGCCCGCCCCUCGGCCGGGGCGGGCGGCCCGGACCCAUGCGGCGGCUCCAGGAGAGGUUUAGGAGGUUCAUGAACCACCCAGCUCCAGCAAACAGCCGCUACAAACCCACUUGCUAUGAACAUGCUGCUAACUGCUACACACAUGCAUUCCUCAUUGUUCCUGCCAUUGUGGGCAGUGCCCUUCUCCACCGGCUCUCUGAUGACCGCUGGGAGAAGAUCACGGCGUGGAUGUACGGCGUGGGGCUCUGCGCCCUCUUCAUCGUCUCCACAGUCUUUCAUAUCAUUUCUUGGAAGAAGAGUCACUUGAGGACAAUGGAGCAUUGCUUUCACAUGUGUGACAGAAUGAUGAUCUAUGUCUUUAUUGCGGCAUCUUACGCACCAUGGUUAAAUCUGCGUGAGCUUGGGCCUCUGGCAUCUCACAUGCGUUGGUUUAUCUGGCUGAUGGCUGCUGGAGGAACCAUUUAUGUAUUUCUCUACCAUGAAAAGUAUAAAAUCGUUGAACUCUUCUUCUAUCUAGCAAUGGGAUUUUCUCCUGCUCUGGUGGUGACAUCCAUGAACAACACCGAGGGGCUUCAGGAGGUGGCCUGGGGAGGUCUGAUCUAUUGUCUGGGGGUGGUGUUCUUCAAGAGCGACGGCGUCAUUCCCUUCGCACAUGCCAUCUGGCACCUCUUUGUGGCCACAGCAGCUGCUGUGCAUUACUAUGCCAUUUGGAAGUACCUUUACAGAAGUCCUGCAGACAUCAUCCGUCACUUGUGAGAGAGAGAGAGAAACGACAAGGAGACAUGUAACCUGCACUUGGCCUCUGUAACAGUAUUAUUGGAAUUCUGGGGGGCAAUUGGACAAUUGCACAGAAGAACCUGCACUGACUUUGGUAGUUCUCUGAACACAGUUACUGUGAACUGAUGGGGGAGGUGCCCAUGGCGUGGCAAGUGCUGUAAAUACCCAGGAUACUGCACUGCAGUACAAAGAGUCCAUUCCAUGUGAGUAGAACUGGCUACCUGAUGUUUACAAAUCACUUUUUGUAUCUAGGUUUAAUUUUACGGUUUUUAACGACGUGGAUUUUUCUAAAUUAGUGAUUCAAGUGGUGGUCAGUGCAAUAGUGACAGUGAAACUCUCUUGCUUUCAGAUGGCUUUCUAUCACCUUUCCACUACUCAGUUAUUGAACAUGAAUCACAGACAAAUAAUCGACUUUUACCACCCAUUAUCUUGGUAUAAUGUGACUUUUAUAGACUCUCUGUGGGUUUUGUACACUUUACAAGUACAUUUGUUGAACUGAAAACACACAACUGUCAUCUAUGCAGUUCCUCAUGUUGCAAGGACAGUUACAUUCCAUGUUCUGUACUGACAUGCAAACCUUGUACCUCUUCCAAAGGCUGUUACAGGUGUCAUUGUAAUAACCACUUUUACCAACUAAAAUGUGAUUCUGCUGAGCUUUGAUGUGACAGUAUUCUGCUCAUCUAUAAUACCACUUAAACAGCACCUUAAUUUGGCUUUAUCCAUGAUGGAAAUGAUUUAAAAGGAAGAGUUAACACAAGUUUAGAUUCCCAGUUUCUUCUCCAUGCUGCCCAGGCAGCAGCUGUUGGGAUGAAAGCUGACUUACCAGGGGUUGGCAGCUGAUAUCUCCCUCUCCAAACCAGUCACUUCUCCAGAAUAUAUAUACUCACAUACUGGUGCUGUAAUCUUAAGGCUUGAAUUUUCAAAGGGAUUUAAAUUGGCCACCAGAACCUCUUCUGUGUUGGGGUCAUUCUGUUGGGAGCUCCUGGCUAGAGCAGCAGGUGCAGAGCAGUCACUGCCUGCUUGGAGUCCAUGGUUAUGGGUUCUUCAGCCUUUCAGGAGGAGAGCUGGAGGAACUUGAGUCAGUGUCACUUGGCAUUCUGGGACUUAAACUGGUCUUUAAUUGUGUUACCAUGUUUCAGUCCAGGAAAACCACAAUCAUGACUGUGGAACACGUGUGUUAAAUGGCCAGGGGUAGAAGACUGAUGAUAAUGCUGUUUGUCCCGUAACUGUAUCCUGUCCCACUAUCCAAUGAAUGUCUUAUAUUAAGAUUGACUUUAUCCUCUUUUGAAUUCACUCAGUUUUUCAUGUCAGUAUUUAAAAACAAAACCAAAACGUGUUGCCUUCUUCAGAUUUCAUUCUGGAUGUUGCCUGGCUGCAAACAACAAGUAGCAAGAUCGGGAUGUUUUUCAAAGGUAACUUUCAUCCUGCACCUUGCUCUGCCAGGGGGUUGCAUAUUGUGAGUGUAUCCAUUUGUAGGCAGGAUUUUAAAGAGGGACAAACUUUCAAUUCAAGGCAUUGAAGCAUUUGCUGUGUGCCGUUAGCAGGUGACUGGAACAACACCACUACAGCAGGCUCAGGAACUGCCCAAAGGAGAGCAAAGGGAGCACGUGGGCAGGUGAUUCCUCGUCCAACACACAUCUGGAUGCCUCAGUUUUUUAACAUUGUGUCUAUUUUAAUAUAUCCACUCUUUGUGAGUUCAUCUGCUCUGUUGAAAUGCAGUACUGUUACAACCACUAAAACACACCUACAAGUUUUCUUUAGGUAAAAAGUGAAGCUAUUGCUUGAGCAUCCUUUGGUUUAAUGUGAAGCUAAUCUUCCCUGGCUUGGCUUUUUGGAGUGUUUGAAAUGGUUUUUAAAAGAUUUCAAUUCGCCAAAACUAUUUUGAAUGACUGUAUUCUAGUCAGUAUGAUCUUGAAUGUACCAGACUAACAAUAAACAUUUUGUGCAAUUUGGAAA